AUGACUGCUGAUUCUGAGUGGGAAACCUUUCAAAGUGUAAUAACACGAAUAUUCAAGGAGUCUGAUCAUACUUCUGAAAAACUUUCAGAUUCUGUUUCAUGCUCUUCAUGGGAAUUUCUUAUUAACAGCAGAUAUCAUAAGCAAUACAACAAAAGUUAUCCAAUAUCUGGAUUUUCAGAAACUUCAAUUGAUCGGCAGGGAUUGUAUUCACCUGUAUCAUCCAUGGGUACAUCAGAGACUGCUGGAAAUUCAUUAUAUACUGAAUUAGUGGCGGAGACCCUAGAUACACUGCAUACUGCAUACGAAAGUUUGAAACUAGACAAUCUCCGUAAAUGUAUCUCUGACCCAUCUUCCAAGAGAAUUCCACCUAGUUUAUUUAGGUGGCUUGAGUCCUGCUUGAAGCAUGGGUGCAGUUCUUCUAGUGUUAGUCAUCUCCCAUCUUUGAUCUUCAGAGAUGGAAGUUCUGUUGUCAACUGGGGACGGAAAAUUGUACCGUUCUAUUGCCUGUUAUGCAGCGCUGAGCUUUUAGGGAAGAGGUUAUCGUCUGGUGUUUCUUUUGUUGUUGCAUCUGGAUCGUAUAAUACUCCGGAGGAACUAACUGUCUUGUCAAUGGUUGGAGAAAGAGUAGGUCUGCAGCAGUUAGACUUGUUACCUGCUGGAGUCUCUCUUCCUCUGCGAGAUGCAUUGGAUAAAUGCCGUGACUCUCCUCCAAUGGAUUGGCCUGCUGCUUCAUAUGUUCUUCUUGGCCGGGAGGAUUUGGCUUUCUCAUGCUUAGCAUAUUCAAGAAAAUCUGUGGAGCUUGAGCCCCAUUUGAGUGUAAAUAUGACAUGUAUGUCCACUCCUUACAUGUUGAACCUGCAUCCGGUGACAAUUCCGUCCUCAAUAUCUGACACAAUACAGUCAGGAGAUAAAAAGCUAGAGGAUGUAGAUUCUGUUGCGGGAUAUGUGGCUGAUGGUAUGGAGCAUAUUUUCAACUCUGGCAUCCAGUUACGUUAUGGUCAUGAUCUGCAAUUGAAUGAGGUUAGCUUAUUGAUUUUGUGCAUGACUGAAAAUAGAUGUUUGCAGGCACUGUUUGUAGUAGAUACAACCCUGCCUCGCUUUUAGGAGAGCUAUCCAUGAGUUACCUGAUGAUAGUGUCAUACUUGCCUGAACUGGUGGCUAUCCAAUUACUCUUGUCAAGAGUCAAUCCACAUUCAUUUCAUUAUGUAAACCCGAUUGUCACUUCAGUUUUGUAUUGAUGAGCUUGACUACUGUGUGC